AUGGAUAGUGCUCUGUCGUCCUCAGAGUCCCGAACCUUGUACGUUGAUGGCGAGCUUUCGCAGGUUAUCAACAACAGGCUACCUUCCGAUAGUCCAUCACUCAGACAAUCACUCCCUGCUGAUGCAUCGACGUCUACCUCAUCAAGCUCUCCCUCGUCGCUGCUAAUUGGUCGUCCUCGUCGCAGACCGAUUCCUCGCAAGGGUCACACCAAAUCAAGGCGGGGAUGCUUCCAUUGCAAGCGUCGCCGUGUCAAAUGUCAGGAAACAACACCCUCUUGUGAUAACUGCGAUCGUCUUGGCCUUCAAUGCGAGUAUCCUCAGACUUCAGGCAAAGGGAUAAUAACCCUACCUUCACCUCAACCUACCCAAGCACUAUCUCAAGCGCAACUUUCCAUGGUUGAUUUACGAUUCUUUCACCACUUUCUUCUCCAUGCGUACCCUGGUCUUCCUAUCCAGGGCGAAGAGGUAUGGAAAGAAGUUGCAAAGUAUUCUCACGGCUUCGACUUCCUGGCUCACGCCAUGCUGGCCGUCGGUGCUUCGCAUCUAGGCCUCUGCAAUGGCACUGACUAUAACUCAGACGCCAUAUCGCAUCGCGUCAAGGCCAUCAAGUCGCUUAAUUCUGCUCUCAGUACCCCUUGUCAAAACAAGGAAGAGGGCGAUGCUCGUUACGCCACCCUCAUGGCUUUAACGUGGCAGUCCUCCUACAUGCCUGAUGGGAUGCAAGAGUUCUUGUCCAUGCUUCGUGGCUGUACUAUUGUUUCUAAAUGCUCCGUCUUCCAAUUCGAGGACUCCGCGUUUCGAAUGUUCACAACAGAAGGGCACGUACAGCGUGUUGAAGAUAUCAACAACGGAUUCGACAUCGGCCUAUCCGAUGAUGAAGUCAUUGACGAUGGCAUUGCAUCCUUGAAGGCUAUUGCGCCUCUGAGUAAAAGCACGCUUGAAAUCAAUCUGGUCGCAGCUCUUCAGAGUAUCCUCGAUAUGUCGCGGACUACAUGCGUCGGUGCCUUUGGUGCCGUUUGCCGCGCCUACCAAUUAUUCGGAGCGGCCAGUGAUUCUGACUUCCUCACAAUUUCCGAUGCUGACAAUUGCGUCGCCCAAAUAAUAAUGGCCCAUUUCUUCGCCAUUGAGUAUGUGCUUGCUUCGAUCGCUCUAGCACCAGUAUCGCCAUCCUUCCCAUUCCGCAAGACUAUCAUCACAGCCUGGAUACUACGAGUCAAGAGACAGGUCCCAGCAAGUUAUGGAGCGUAUAUACAGUGGCCGCUUGAGUUUGUUUCAAAGGCCAACACUGAUUGGGGGAUAAAACCAUCUUGUGACUCGGCAAGGGGAGGAAAGAAAACUCAGGACCUUAACCCUAAGUGA